UUAUUUACAUUUAUUUGUUUUAAUUUCGCGAAAACAGCAAGGAAAUGGCAGACUCCGGCAAAGGCAAAGUGCUGCAAAACACGGGUAAAUUCGUGAGCGAGAACCGUGCCGAAGGAGACGACUUUUUCAAUGAGGCGGGCUACCGUCAGUCGCGGGAAAACGACAAAAUCGACUCGAAAUAUGGCUUCGAUCGGGUCAAGGACAGUCAGGAGCGCACGGGCUACCUCAUCAACAUGCACUCGAACGAGGUCUUGGAUGAGGACAGGCGCCUCAUCGCCGCCUUGGAUCUCUUCUUCAUCCAGAUGGAUGGUUCCCGCUUCAAGUGCACAGUGGCCUAUCAGCCUUAUUUGCUCGUCCGCCCGGAGGACAAUAUGCACCUGGAGGUGGCUCGAUUCCUGGGUCGCAAGUAUUCCGGCCAGAUUUCCAGUCUGGAGCACAUAACCAAAGAGGAUCUCGAUCUGCCAAAUCAUCUUUCGGGGCUGCAGCAGCAGUACAUCAAGCUAUCCUUCCUCAAUCAAACGGCCAUGACAAAAGUGAGGAGGGAACUCAUGUCCGCCGUAAGGAGAAAUCAGGAGCGCCAGAAAUCCAACACCUACUACAUGCAAAUGCUGGCCAGUUCGUUGGCCCAAUCCGCCGCGGGAUCCGAGGAUGCCACGUUGGCCAAGCGGCAGCAGGACUACAUGGACUGCAUCGUGGACAUCCGGGAGCACGAUGUGCCCUAUCACGUGAGGGUCUCCAUAGAUCUGCGCAUCUUCUGCGGUCAGUGGUAUAAUAUUAGGUGUAGAAGUGGCGUGGAGCUGCCCAUUAUCACCUGCCGACCGGACAUCCUGGACAGACCCGAACCCGUGGUCCUGGCCUUCGACAUAGAGACCACCAAGCUGCCGCUCAAGUUUCCCGAUGCCCAAACCGAUCAGGUUAUGAUGAUCUCCUACAUGAUCGAUGGUCAGGGCUAUCUGAUAACCAAUCGGGAGAUCAUCUCCUCCAAUGUGGACGACUUUGAGUACACCCCGAAGCCGGAAUUCGAGGGAAACUUUAUAGUUUUCAACGAGGAGAACGAGAUGCAGCUGCUGCAGCGAUUCUUUGAUCACAUAAUGGAGGUGCGACCGCAUAUAAUAGUCACUUAUAAUGGUGACUUCUUCGACUGGCCCUUUGUGGAGACCCGUGCCGCUGUCUAUGAUCUGGAUAUGAAGCAGGAGAUUGGCUUCUCCAAGUUUCGGGAGGGCAACUACUUGAGUCGUCCCUCCAUACACAUGGAUUGCCUGUGCUGGGUGAAGAGAGAUUCGUAUUUGCCAGUGGGUUCGCAAGGUUUAAAGGCGGUGGCCAAGGCUAAACUGCGCUACGAUCCCGUGGAACUGGAUCCCGAGGACAUGUGCCGCAUGGCCGUGGAGCAGCCCCAAGUGCUGGCCAAUUACUCCGUCUCCGAUGCGGUGGCUACAUAUUAUCUCUACAUGAAGUAUGUGCAUCCUUUUAUCUUCGCCUUGAACACGAUUAUUCCCAUGGAACCGGAUGAGAUUUUGCGAAAGGGUUCAGGGACUCUCUGCGAAACUCUGCUGAUGGUGGAGGCCUAUCACGCGCAGAUUGUCUAUCCCAACAAGCAUCAAAGCGAGCUGAACAAGCUGUCGAAUGAGGGGCAUGUUUUGGACUCGGAAACUUACGUUGGCGGCCAUGUGGAGGCCUUGGAAUCGGGCGUCUUUCGGGCGGAUAUACCCUGUCGCUUUCGUCUGGAUCCCGCGAUGGUUAAGCAACUGCAGGAGCAGGUGGAUGCCGUUCUGCGCCACGCCAUCGAAGUGGAGGAGGGCAUUCCGCUGGAAAAAGUGCUAAAUCUGGAUGAAGUGCGUCAGGAGAUUGUGCAGGGAUUGCAGGGACUGCACGAUAUACCCAAUCGGCUGGAGCAGCCGGUCAUCUAUCACCUGGAUGUGGGUGCCAUGUACCCGAAUAUCAUACUCACCAAUCGCCUGCAGCCCUCGGCGAUGGUCAGUGACUUGGAUUGCGCUGCCUGCGAUUUUAAUAAGCCAGGAGUUCGCUGCAAACGCUCCAUGGAUUGGCUGUGGCGCGGUGAAAUGCUGCCGGCGUCGAGGAACGAGUUCCAGCGCAUCCAGCAGCAGCUGGAGACGGAGAAGUUCCCGCCCCUCUUCCCGGGCGGCCCGCAGCGCGCCUUUCACGAGCUCUCCAAGGAGGAUCAGGCGGCGUACGAGAAGAAGCGACUGACGGAUUACUGCCGGAAGGCCUACAAGAAGACCAAGCUGACCAAACUGGAGACCCGCAAUUCGACCAUCUGUCAGAAGGAGAACAGCUUCUAUGUGGACACGGUGCGGGCGUUUCGAGAUCGUAGGUAUGAAUACAAAGGCCUCACCAAAGUGGCCAAGGCUUCGGUGAAUGCUGCAGUGGCUUCUGGUGAUGCGGCGGAGAUCAAGGCUGCCAAGGGAAGAGAGGUGCUUUAUGACUCCCUGCAGUUGGCCCACAAGUGCAUCCUGAACUCGUUCUACGGCUAUGUGAUGCGACGCGGAGCCCGCUGGCAUUCCAUGCCCAUGGCAGGAAUUGUUUGUCUCACCGGCUCGAAUAUCAUCACCAAGGCCAGGGAAAUCAUCGAGCGAGUGGGUCGUCCUUUGGAGCUAGACACCGAUGGUAUUUGGUGCAUAUUACCGGGGUCUUUCCCCCAGGAAUUCACCAUCCAAACGAGCCAUGAAAAGAAAAAGAAGAUCAACAUUUCCUACCCAAAUGCAGUACUCAACACGAUGGUCAAAGAUCACUUUACCAACGAUCAGUAUCAUGAGUUGAGGAAAGACAAGGAGAAUAACUUACCCAAGUACGAUAUACGCGAUGAGAACUCGAUUUUCUUCGAGGUAGAUGGACCCUACUUGGCCAUGGUUUUGCCGGCGGCUAAAGAAGAGGGCAAGAAGCUGAAGAAACGCUAUGCCGUCUUCAAUUUCGAUGGCUCACUGGCCGAACUCAAGGGUUUCGAGGUGAAGCGACGCGGCGAACUGCAGCUGAUCAAGAAUUUCCAGAGCUCCGUCUUCGAGGCUUUCCUGGCGGGCAGUACUUUGGAGGAAUGCUAUGCUUCGGUGGCCAAGGUGGCGGACUAUUGGCUGGAUGUGCUCUACAGUAGAGGUUCCAAUCUCCCAGACUCUGAGCUCUUUGAAUUGAUUUCCGAGAACAAGAGCAUGUCCAAGAAGCUGGAGGAAUAUGGCGCACAGAAGAGCACCUCCAUAUCGACGGCCAAACGAUUGGCCGAGUUUCUGGGCGAGCAGAUGGUCAAGGAUGCGGGUCUCGCCUGCAAGUACAUCAUCUCGAAGAAACCCGAAGGAGCUCCGGUCACCGAGAGAGCCAUUCCGCUGGCCAUUUUCCAAUCCGAACCGAGUGUAAGGCGUCAUCAUUUGCGUCGCUGGCUGAAGGAUAACACGAUGGGCGAUGCGGAUAUACGGGAUGUGCUCGAUUGGAACUAUUACAUUGAGAGAUUAGGCGGCACCAUCCAGAAGAUUAUCACCAUUCCGGCGGCGCUGCAGGGUCUCGCGAAUCCAGUGCCCCGCGUGCAGCAUCCCGACUGGUUGCACAAGAAGAUGCUGGAGAAGAACGAUGUGCUGAAGCAGCGGCGCAUCAACGAAAUGUUUACCAGCAGGCCGAAGCCGAAACCGCUGGAGAGAUCGGAGGAUAAGCUGGCGGAUAUGGAGGAUUUGGCGGGCAGAGAUGGUGGCGAGGAUGCUGCAGGUCGUCCUAUUGUUACCAAGAGGAAGAGGGUUCAGCUGGAGGAGAAUGAUGGAGGCCAAGAGGAGAGGGAGGCAGCCACCACUUGGCGUCAGGCGCUGGGAGCUCCGCCAGCCAUUGGAGACAGCCGGAAGACCAUUGUGGAGUGGGUGAGAUUCCAGAAGAAGAAGUGGCAAUGGCAGCAGGAUCAGCGACAGCGGAAUCGCCAGGCGAGCAAGAGGACGAGGGGAGAGGAUCCUCCAGUGGCAAGACCCACAGGAUCCACUGCCACUCUAGGAGGCUUCCUGAGGCGGGCACAACGCACGCUGCUCGAUCAACCUUGGCAGAUUGUGCAACUAGUGCCCGUGGAUGACCUCGGGCACUUUACCGUGUGGGCCUUGAUUGGCGAGGAGCUACACAGGAUCAAGUUGACAGUGCCCAGGAUUUUCUAUGUCAACCAGCGGAGUGCUGCUCCCCCGGAGGAGGGUCAAUUGUGGCGCAAAGUUAACCGAGUUCUCCCUCGAUCUCGUCCUGUUUUCAAUCUCUACAGGUACAGUGUGCCCGAGCAGCUGUUCAGGGAUAACUCACUAGGAAUGCUGGCGGAUUUGGCCACGCCAGACAUCGAGGGUAUUUACGAGACCCAAAUGACUCUCGAAUUCCGAGCCCUCAUGGACAUGGGCUGCAUUUGUGGCGUUCAACGGGAGGAGGCACGUCGUCUGGCCCAAUUGGCCACCAAGGAUCUGGAGACCUUUAGCAUCGAGCAGCUGGAGCAGCGGCCGCAGACGCAGGUAAAGUACCUGGCGAGUGCUAACCACCGGAUGCGCAAGAUCUACCUGUAUCAGCACAAUACACCGACGGCGAGGAAGGAGAUUUGGUCCCUGAUUUUGAUGCCCAGCAAGAAGGGUUACAUCUUUGCCUUGGACACGGUGCGUGCCAAUCAGAUGCCGAAUAUGAGGCAACUUUAUGCCGCCGAACGUUUGGCUUUGCUGAAGAAUCUGACGGUUGAGGAGCAGGACAAGAUUCCCGUGGAGGAUUACAACUUUGAGGUGCUCAUCGAGGUGGAUGUUAAGCAGAUUUACCGGCACAUUCAGCGGGCUUUGACCUCCUACAAGCAGGAGCACCAGGGACCUACGAUUCUGUGUCUACAAACUGCUCUGGAGGCGCGCAAACUCAGCCUGGCCAUGCCCAUUCUCCUCGAGUUUCCCCAGGCGCAGAUUCACAUCUCCGAUGACGCCAGCUUGCUUUCUGGAUUGGAUUGGCAGCGUCAGGGUUCCCGAGCGGUGAUUCGUCACUUUCUGAACCUCAACAACGUGCUCGAUUUGAUGCUGGAUCAGUGUCGCUACUUCCAUGUGCCCAUUGGCAACAUGCCGCCGGAUACGGUGCUCUUUGGAGCGGAUUUGUUCUUCGCCCGCCUGCUGCAAAGGCACAACUUUGUGUUGUGGUGGUCGGCGAGCACCAGGCCGGAUUUGGGUGGCCGCGAGGCGGAUGACAGUCGGCUGCUGGCGGAAUUCGAGGAGAGCAUCAGUGUGGUGCAGAACAAGGCGGGCUUCUAUCCGGAUGUUUGCGUGGAACUGGCUUUGGAUAGCCUGGCGGUGAGUGCUUUGCUUCAAUCGACCAGGAUUCAGGAGAUGGAGGGCGCCUCCUCGGCUAUUACCUUUGAUGUAAUGCCGCAGGCCUCGCUGGAGGAAAUGAUUGGCACCGUGCCGGCGGCCACUUUGCCGAGCUACGAUGAAACGGCACUCUGCUCGGCCGCCUUUCGCGUGAUGCGCUCCAUGGUGAAUGGCUGGUUGCGUGAGGUGUCCAUCAACAGGAACAUCUUUUCUGAUUUCCAGAUUGUUCACUUCUAUCGGUGGGUGCGCUCCAGCAAUGCUUUGUUAUAUGAUCCCGCUUUGAGGAGAUCUCUGAACAAUUUGAUGAGGAAAAUGUUCCUUCGGAUCAUCGCAGAGUUUAAGAGAUUGGGCGCCACGAUUGUUUAUGCGGAUUUCAAUAGGAUUAUCUUGAGUUCCGGCAAGAAAUCGGUGUCCGAUGCUCUCGGAUAUGUGGACUAUAUAGUGCAGAGUCUGCGCAACAAGGAGAUGUUCCACUCCAUUCAGCUGAGCUUCGAGCAGUGCUGGAACUUUAUGCUCUGGAUGGAUCAGGCUAAUUUCUCGGGCAUCCGGGGAAAGCUGCCCAAGGGAAUCGACGAGACGGUGUCCUCUAUAGUUUCCACUACCAUGCGAAGGGAUACGGAAGACGAGGAGGAGAAGGAUGAUGAAGAAGAGGAUGUGGAAAACCAAGAUCCAAUUGAGAGCAACGAGCAAGAGCAGGAUCAGGAGGAUGAGCUGUCGCUGGAGCUCAAUUGGACAAUAGGAGAGCACCUGCCCGAUGAAAACGAGUGCCGCGAAAAGUUCGAAAACCUAUUGACCCUCUUCAUGCAAUCCCUGGCCGAAAGGAAGACCACCGAGCAGGCCAUCAAGGACAUUUCCCACUGCGCCUUUGACUUUAUCCUGAAGCUGCACAAGAACUACGGCAAGGGCAAGUCGAGUCCGGGAUUGGAACUCAUUCGCACUUUAAUUAAGGCGCUAAGUGUGGACAAAACACUGGCCGAGCAGAUCAACGAGCUGCGCAGGAAUAUGCUGCGUUUGGUGGGUAUUGGUGAGUUCUCCGACUUGGCCGAUUGGGAGGAUCCCUGCGACAGUCACAUCAUCAACGAGGUCAUCUGCAAGGCCUGCAAUCAUUGUAGGGAUCUGGAUCUCUGCAAGGACAAGCAUCACGCCAUGAAGGAUGGAGUACCCGUUUGGCUGUGUGCCCAGUGCUAUGUGGCCUAUGACAACGAGGAGAUCGAGAUGAGGAUGCUGGAUGCCCUGCAGCGCAAGAUGAUGUCCUAUGUGCUGCAGGAUCUGCGCUGUUCGCGCUGCAGCGAGAUCAAGCGCGAGAAUCUGGCCGAGUUCUGCACCUGCGCCGGUAGCUUUGUGCCCCUCAUCAGCGGCAAGGACAUCCAAACGCUGCUGGGCACAUUCAGCAAGGUGGCCGCCAACCACAAGAUGCAGUUGCUCCAGCAGACUGUUCAUCAGGCACUAACAACGCCGCGUUAAAGUUGUUUGACAACUUUAAGGUUGUUAUUUUGUAGAUCAUAGUGGUAAUUGUAAGCUUCGCUUCUAAAUAAAAUAUAAUUUUAAUGAAA